UGUACAGUUCUCUCUUAUUUGAUAUCAGAGAGCCCAAUGGAGCCUGCUGAAGUACCCAGUCAGAUUAGCAAAGAUAAUUUUUUAGGAGUUCCUAAUUUAUCUGAUUCUUCUUGUGAAGAUGAAGACGUUAAAACUGCAUUCAAACCUGGCUUCUCCCCUCAACCAAGCAGAAGAAGUUCUGAGUCUCCUGAAGACGUGUACCUGGACACCCCAACUUCAGAAACCAGAAGAGUUUCAUUUGCCGAUAGCUUUGGAUUCAAUCUUGUGUCCAUUAAAGAAUUUGAUUCUUGGGAAUUACCAAGUGUUUCAACAGAUUUUGAGUUAAGGAAGGAUAUUUUUCACACAGAAGAAUAUAUUUUGUCUCCACUAUUUGAUUUGCCUUCUUCAAAAGAUCUUAUGCAACAGCUUCAAAUACGGAAAGCAAUACUGGAGUCAACAGAGUACCCUCCUGGGUCGACGUGUAUGAAGGGUAUUAUUCGAGUUUUGAAUGUUUCUUUUGAGAAGUUAGUAUAUGUGAGAAUGUCCUUAGAUGACUGGCAGACAUAUUAUGACAUUUUAGCUGAAUAUGUUCCUAAUUCAUGUGAUGGUGAAACUGACCAGUUCUCCUUUAAGAUUUCAUUGGUUCCUCCUUAUCAAAAAGAUGGCAGUAAAGUUGAGUUUUGUAUACGUUAUGAAACUUCUAUGGGUACAUUUUGGUCAAAUAAUAAUGGCACAAAUUAUAUAUUGCUUUGUCAAAAGAAAGAACAACAGCCAGUGCCUGAAAAGCCACAGGAAGAAGUUUCUAGUACACAGAAAAAAGGCUGUUUAAAGGUAAAAUCAAGUAAAGAAGAAUCAUCAAUUACAUCAGAAGAGAAUAACUUUAGGGAAUCAAAGUUUACAGACACCGAUAUCCCAACAAUCAUUUGCUUUCAUGAGGACGAGGAAGACUUGGAAUCAAGUAAUCAAAAUGUAAAAGAUGUAAACAGUGAACAGGAUGAACAUAAUGAAAAAGAAUUAGACUUGAUGAUAAAUCAACACUUAAUAAGAACUAGAAGUGCUGCUUCCAGGGAUGAAAAGGAUACGUUUUCAUCGGAUCCAGUCAAUUUUCCUAAUAAAGCUGAGGGGUUAGAGAAGAAGAAAAUCCAUGGUAAACUACGCACUGACUUGUUUGAAAGGCCUUUGUCUCCAAAUUCAUCAGUAGAAAACUCCUUAAAGGGAGAUUUUUACCACAAUGACAAAUAUUCCUCAAGAAAUGAAUGUAGUCAUCAACUUUCAGAGGAAAUUAUUUCAGAAAUGAGAGAAAUCAAGCCAUCAUUGAAAGAUACUAGUAGUGAUGAAUUAGUGCAAUUACACAUUGAUAGCAAAGAAGUCCUGGAUGAUAACGGUAAUCUAGGGCACAGGAGUUGCAGAGUGAAAGUAUCUUGGUUCUCCCCAGCUCAACAAAUGGCCAGUGAUCUUAACAAAAAACAUGAAGGAGGAGGUAAGAAAAGUAAAAUAAAAGAUUGGGAAGGUUUAAGUAAAGAUUUCCAUUCAGGUUCAUGUGCAUGUACAGAACGAUCGACAGACAAUAGAUCUUUGAAGGAAGAUUAUGGCAAGGUUAAAGAUGAAAAGGAACAAAGUGUACACUUAGGUGUUAAUAAAAAACAAAGCAAAAAUUUUCAGUUAUCCUUGCAUGACCAAGAAAGAAAAUCAGGCCACUCUGAAAUAAGUCUGGAAGGGACUGAAGCUAGGAAGAAAGACUUACCAGCUCUGUCAUGCAAAGAUGCCACAAUUCCUGCCCAGGCAAUAGCAGUUAUGUUUCCUUCAACAAGGACAAAUUUAAAUUGGGAAGAAACGACAUUAACAACUUCAGAGAGUGAUCAUCCCGCUGGUGAAGGCAUGACUUCAGAAGGGAUAACUAGUAAAGUCUGCUUAUCAAGAAAGAGAAAUGUUUUGAGGGAUGAUUAUGUUUUCCAAGCUGAAGAAGAAAAAUCAGAUUGGAUUAAUCCUGAAGAUAGGGGUAGAAAUACACAGCAUACAGAAAAUUGGAAUAUUCUAGAAAGGCAGGAAAAGGUGAAAGGGAAUAAGACAAAUAUAAGUGAGCAGAUCAAAGAACAGGCAGAUUGUAAAGACAUGUGGGGGGAAAGAGAUAACACGAGUUUGAAUGUUACUCCUACAGAAGAGCUAUUUACCUGCCAAAAAACAGAAUGUGAUGAACUGUAUUCUCUAGCUGAUCAUGGUGUUACUGAGAAAGCACAAGCAGGUACAGCUUAUAUAAUUAAGACAACAUCAGAAAGUACUCCAGAAAGCAUGUCUGCUAGAGAAAAAGCAAUAAUUGCUAAGCUACCUCAAGAGACAGCACGAAGUGACAGGCCCAUCGAGGUAAAAGAAACAGCGUUUGAUCCACAUGAAGGGAAAAAUGAUGAUGCACAUUAUACCCUUUGUCAACGAGAUACAGCAGGUGUAAUCUAUGACAAUGAAUUUGAAAAGGAAUCACAUGCGGAUAUUUGUAUUGUACGUGCAGAUGAAACAGAGAAAGAGGAAACCAUGCAUAUGUACAAUCCUGGGAAGAUGCAAGACAGGGAGAAACAUGGUGUUGGAAAUAUAAUAUCUGUAGAAGAAUCUUCCCAGGUCAUUACAAACAAUCAAAAAGCAACCUCAAACUUGGAUUUACACUUAGAAGUAUUAUCAACAGACAAAAGAAUAUUUGCAGAAAAUAGCGAUCUUGGGCAGGUCCAAAACUUAUCAAAGAAAACAGAUUUAGAAGUUGCUGUUCUUUCUGCUUCUAACUCAGACACAAACAGAGCUUCUCAGACUGACUGUCACAUUUCCAGUCACCAUCCUAAAACAUCAGUACCGUCUUAUGAACAGGCUGGGGAGAAUACAAUUACCACCACACAUCUCCAAUCUAUUUCUACUGAAUCAGGAGAUAAUUGUAAUCCAGGUGAAAUCCAGGGUCAUCUGGGGUCUAAACCCAAGAAAGCUUCCACAAAUUCAGAAAGUUCAUCAGGUUGUAGAAAAGAAAGAUGUAUGGGGCAGAUUUUCCAACCAGGAGAAUGUAGUGUGGAAAAAUCUGUAGGGCCAAUGAUUUUAAUCAAUGAACCUCUUGAGAACAUGGAAGAAGCAAGGCAUGAUAAUGAAGGAUUAUUAAGCUCUGGACAGUCACAGUACUCUUCAGGUGACAACACAUCUGAGAACUAUGCCUCUGCUAGUUUUCCUGACCAUGAAAGUGAAGCUCAGAGCCAUGAAUCUCUGCUUUUAAAAUAUGCCAACUCUAAAAUACCUUAUUUUCUUUUGUUUCUGGUAUUUCUUGUAACCAUCUAUCAGUAUGACCUAAUGAUAGGUUUGGCAUUCUACCUUUUUUCAUUGUACUGGCUGUACAGGGAAGGGGGAAGGCAAAAAGAAUCUGCCAAAAAGAAGUAACCUUGGUGCUAGUACUAAUCUCUCUUAAAAGAUAAGCUAUUUAGCCCCAAACUGGAUUGGUGAAAGAGACUAUUCAUUGUUCAAAGAGCUGGUGCAGUUUUUCUCUUGAAGGAUCAUUUAAAAAGGAAUGCGUAUGACGUUUGCUCCUUCAUAUAAGUAAUUAUUCUAUAUAGGACCAUUAUGUUUGGAUCAUUAAAUACCUAUAUGAAUAUGAGAUCUGAAGCACGUCAAGUUGAAAUUAGGUACAGCUGUUGCUCCUUAGCAGGCUAUGAAGUUGCAAUGCUUCAUGUCUCUUCACUACUUAAAGAGCUAUUUCUUGCAUUCAUUUCUUUUGCAGUAAAGCUUCAUUUUUUUUUUCCUGUGAGCACUUUUCCUCUUAUGGUUUUUAAAAAUAGAUAAAACAUGGAUGAUGGCAAAGGAUUUUUUUUUUUUGGUCCUUUGGAAUUGCCCAUGAAAUUUGCAUUUACCCUGUAACAUUUAUCAGCACAUAUUAAUAGAUCAAAUACUUCAACUUCAGUUUCAUAUUUUUAAAAAAACAACAUGUGUAUUAAAAUAUAUAAACUUAAAUUGAAGAAAUAUAUUAUGUUUACUUGAAUUAUACCUUACACACACAUACCUUACACACACAUACCUUUUAUUUACAAAAUCUGAACAUUCAACAGAAGCAAAAUUUGACAAACACUGAAACAAAUGUCUAAAAUUAGACAAAAUUUUGUGAGUGGCCUGUCUUUGAGUAAUGUUUUUUUCUUAUAAAGAAAGACUAUAACACAGCUGAGUAAUUUAGAUAUCAACUAUUUAUUGAGAGUUGAACACUUAAAUUAAAAAUUCCACAAGCAUUGCUUCAGAAUUACUUUGUAUCUGUAAAGUAUAAGGCAUUAAAUUAUAAUAAUAAAAAGAUAUCCAAAUGAAUGAUUUGUUCUAUGUGGUAGUAUUUUUGUCUCCAAAUAAAGUUUUAAUCUUUUCCUCAUGAUAAGACAAUGAACUGUCCUCUAAAGUGAAUUUAGUGAACAAAUUCCUGGUCUUUGGUGAUAUUCAUAAUAUAAUUAUUCAAUUAUGAAAUGAUCACUCAAAUUUUCAGCAGCUAAAUAUAUAUAAGUGGAAGUCUACUGAAAAAUAAGUGAAUAUCAGUAACAGCAGUGACUUUGGUUGUUGUAAUUAUCUAUGGCUAAAGGAGUGGAACUAAUCAUUUACUUAGGCAGGGGUAAUGCAAAAAUUUAUAUACAACUUAUUUCAGCUGUUCAUUGAAGGCUGUAAUAGGCAAAAUGCUGUACUCUGUUCUAUGGCAUAGCACUUCCUUUGAUAGUUUGUACAGCUAUUUCUAGGAACUGAUAUGAUCCUAUUGGCUGAAGCAUUGUAAGAAAGUCACACAGAGAUAGCCUAUUUGGAUGAUGCCUUUUUCAUAGGAAUUUAUUUCAUAAAACAUAAAAUAUUGAUCUUUAGAGUAAAAAAGGAUCUAUUUACCGAUAAAGUAAAUUCAGUAAGUAAUAUGUGAACACAUCACCCCACAAAGAGGUAUGCAUUUAUAAAAAGACAAAGUAAGAAUGACACAUUUGACUUUCAUUGAAUGACUUUCAUUUACUAGUCAAUGAUUUCCUUCCUUUUCAUUAGGUACACAAGGAUUUCCCAAUCCUUUCAUUGCAUUAUACUCUCAAGUCUCAUUGAAAGUGAAUGAUUGGCUUUGCCUCUUUAGUUGACCAAAUAUAAAUAUCUUGAAGUAGAACUUAGGGCAAAUAUUUGAUUGUUUGAAAAAGCAUAUUUUCUUUAAAUACUAGUGGAAUACUGUAAAGCAGUACCUCGAAAUUAUCUCUAAAAUUGCUAUUCUGAUAAUUUUGUUGACAAUUCUAAAUUACAAUGGAAUCAAUGUUAGCAUUUUUCAGUUCUUCUACUUUUUUAAGAGUUUUAGUCAAUAUGCCUCUCACAUUAAUGCAAAGAACACUACAUUACUUUAUGAACACAGGUGACCAAGCUUGAAUUAUUCUUAUAAAAGAACAAUAAAGCCAUUUUAAUCUUUUAAUAUGACUUUUCAUAACACUGAUUUUCCAAUCCUUUGCAUACAUUUAUAACAAGAACGGUAAGAAAUUUCAAAAGAUUUAAAAUAUUCCAUUGUGUAUUUUUUGUAUGCAGUGAAGAAAUACUUGAUGACGAACUUAUUUUCCAAAAAAUACUAAUAAGGAAAUUCAAAUAAAGUCAUAUGAACUUGUGAAAGUUUUGCUAAAUGGAGACUUAGAUUUUUGAAACCUGUUUUGGUCAUUUCACUGGGUUGAGAAAGGAAAAGAUCUUGGGAAGAACUAGCAUAGAGAUUUGGCUUAUGAAGAUGUGACUGUGAGUUAUUAUGGCAGGGGUCAUCUUUUAGACAUAACCACCUAUACUAUGUCAUCACCUAUUUGGUUAAGGGCCCAAAGAGGAACUUGGAGGAGAGCUAACAAAGAGGUGCAUGAUAUAUCUCAAUAAUAUAUUGAUCAAGAAACACAAAAACACCACCUUUGAUCUUCUUGCUGUUAGAAGGAAACUCCUAAAAAUUAGUUGGUAAUAAAAGACUUAUGUUUAAAAAAUUCACAUUUGUAUAAACCAUCAUUGUUACAAGCAAUUUCUCAACCAGCAGGAAGUGAACAAUGAGAUGGCCCUCACCCUUCAAUAUUACUGAAAAUUGUGUUAAUGGAGCCAUGUUAUUGCGAUGAGCUUCAAUAUUUUGAGGGGAAUUAUUUCAGGGAAUAUUUAUAUUUAUAUAUGUAAUACCAUUUGUGAAAGAAACAGAAUAUUUUUUGUCAUCUUAAGCCAGUCUUCUAGUUAUUUGAACACUUAAACAUAUCCAGCCCAAUUGGGAGAAAUAAGUAUUUUAUUUUUUCUCAAAAGCAUUCAUAGUGUUCUCUUAAUAUAUUUUCCAGUAGUGAAUAUUAUUUCAUAUCCAAAGGUCUUUUGUCUUCCUCACUAGGGUCCCUGUUUACAUGCACAUAGCUAAAAAAAGCAAACAAAACAAUAAAAAAAAAUCUAACAGACCUAGUAAAGAUGUAGUUAGGCCCAUUUACUGAUUUGUUAUACAGUAUCUGACUUCUCAGCUUUCACUGAGUGAAUAUGGAAAUUUAACUGUGCAAUAGAGAUUGCAUUAUUAUUAUUUGAAUCUAUGUUGACAGUUCUUCUGAAAUUGAGGAAUAAGACUGAUUUUGAUUCUGCAAGGUUUGAAGUCAUUGUGAGAGACCAUGAUCUCCAAGUAUCUCCAUGGUUGGGUAUCUACAGAGAAAGAACAGCUAAAAAUGCUAUUUUGCUUUAUUUGAUUAAAUUCAUGUUUUUUAAUGUUUCAGGAAAAAGUAAUAAAAAUCUGGACAACAUAAUUUUCUUUUUGUCUUUUAAAUUAGGUUUAGCCAUUGAUUCAAUGUGUCCACCAGUUUAUUCAAGUCUUUAAAAAAUGCUAAUUAAAUUUUCACUAGGUUUUCAAUCUGGUUUUAAAUGUGCACAUAUUUUACAUUAACUGCUUUAAUAUAGCGUGCUAAAACCUUACAUAAAAUUUAUUUAAAAACUACAAGUUUUCAUUUUAUAUCAUACCUAUAUUUGUUAAAUACACAGUACAUUUUUUAAAAAUAUGCAACAAUGGAUUGUGUGAAAAUUUAGUUAAAAAUUCUUAAAACUGUUUUCUCACAUCACCACUUCUUUAUAUUCAUGAUAAUAAAGAAAAGGGGUCAAUAGGUAAGUUAAUAGUGGAUUGUGAAGAAAUCAAUUGUAUUUGGUUGUGAUGCCUCUAAAAUAUGAUACUGUAGCAGAUUACAGUGCGUUCAUUC